UAUACCUCACCAGUCAAAAUGAUCAACGCAGUCCUCGUCUUCAAUAAUAAUGGCCAGCCUCGGCUGACCAAGUUCUACACACAGCUGGACACGCAAACCCAGCAAUCUCUGAUCGCGCAAAUAUACCGUCUAGUCGCACAGCGUCCAGCAAGCGCCUGCAACUUCCUCCCACUCCCACCUCUCCUCUCGCAAGGCGCCAGCUCCUCCGCCUCCGGGCCCUCCGAUACCCCCACCCAGAUCACAUACCGGACCUACGCAACGCUGUCGUUCAUCAUGAUCUCUACGUCCACUGAAUCCCCGCUCGCUCUGAUCGAUCUGAUUCAGGUAUUUGUCGAGGCGCUGGAUCGCAUGUUCGAGAAUGUCUGCGAGUUGGAUCUUAUCUUCGGCUAUGAGACUUUGCAUGCUGUGCUCGGUGAGAUGAUUGUUGGUGGUGUUGUGGUUGAGACGCAUAUUGAGAAGAUUAUUGCUGGUGUGCGUGCCCAGGAGGGAUCGCUGGGUAAGAAGAAGGCUGUUCAGGCUGCUAGUACUAGUUUGGGCCGUGGGGCUUUGCCUGGGUUGGGGGCGUGGAGGUGAUCUAUGGAGGACAAAUGUUUUGUCUUUAAAUGACCUGCAUAGUGAUAGAUCUAAGGACCAUUGCGUUCGGUUUGGUCUAUCUCAGGCGUUCUGGUUACGCAUUCUGGACUUGCUUUCGUUGUUUUAGACUUUUCGGUUAUUGAUGCCCUUGAAUGAUAUAUUGAG